UUGCGCCGGAUGUUGAUGUUUUGGUCCGGACUCUUGUACCGUAGCUAGCUAUGCUCUGCGAGAGUUCCUUCAUGGUGUUAAGAUUAACGUAAUUAUAGCACAUUCAGUAGCCUCUAACAGCUCAGUCGCUCUCGGCGCUUCGCUUGGGAAGCGAGAGGCCGAGGCAGGCGAUGAUGGAGGACUUUGAUGAAAUUUACGAGGAGGAGGAGGAGGAAGAAGAGGAAGACGAGGAUAGGGCCGCGGAGGAGCAGCUGCUGAAGUAUGCCCCGGACCCGGUGGUGGUGCGCGGAUCGGGCCACGUCACUGUGUUUGGACUCAGCAAUAAAUUUGAGUCAGAAUUUCCCUCAGCGCUCACGGGAAAGGUGGCGCCAGAGGAGUUCAAAGCCAGCAUAAACCGUGUGAACGGCUGCCUCCGUAAGACACUGCCAGUGAACGUGCGCUGGCUGUUGUGCGGCUGCCUAUGUUGCUGCUGCACCCUGGGGUUCAGUCUGUGGCCCGUCAUCUGCCUCAGUAAACGGACACGCAGGUCCAUAGAGAAGCUACUGGAGUGGGAGAACAGCCGUCUCUAUCACAAGCUCUGUCUGCAUUGGAGGCUGAGCAAAAGGAAGUGUGAAACCAACAAUAUGAUGGAAUAUGUAAUCCUAAUAGAGUUUCUACCCAAGAUUCCCAUCUUCAGGCCGGACUAGCAGCCGCUGCACCCCAGCCUACCCUCCGCCUAAGGUGCCUUCUUCUGGUACUGUUAUGGUUCCCCUCUGUCCCUAAUCUCAGAACUAAAGACUCCAACCUAUCACACAUUCACACCUGCAGUGCUCUUUGAUGCAGAGCACUGUUUAACCGUCGCGCGCACACACGGUGAGACUGUGAAUGUGGCCCUCUGAGCAUGGAAUGUCAUGAAGCCCCAGGAACACACACCCUGUCCACAUAGACACACUCACACAUAGACACCCAGACACCUCCAUCUUCACGCGUGCUGCACUGGGCAGCGUAUCAGAAUGAUAGUGGGAGGGGCCGACCAAACUGAGUUAACCCUACAGCACACGGCUCCACCGGAUCGACUCCUGCCUGGUGGCCACAGGAACAAUCCAAGAAUAAUCUCACACACAGAUUAUUCCUUCCCACGCACAGAAGGAAUCUCAGCGAGAAAACCAUACGCCGGCUGUGCCGUUAGCGUAUGGUUACACUUGGACAAGUAACGUCUGGUUCCUAUUAUAAACCCAGCGGGAUAACAAGACUUGGAGCUGCCGAGUGAAAGCAAUCAGAAGAACGCGCGUUUUUCUGCCGGUUGUGGACGUGUUGCCAUUUUGAAAAGAUGUCCCCCUGCCACAGCCAAAAGGAAAAAAAAACUGCGCCGACUUUUUCUUGUUGUUCGCCUGCCCCAACUGGGUGAUGUUCGUUUGGUUUUGGUGUUUUGUUCAAGUGUGUUUGGGGCGGCAGGUUGGUAAUAAAAUAUUUUGAGUUCUA